AUGCCUCCAAAUUCAACUUCGGAUAAGCAAUUAAAUAAUGAUAACAAUCACAAUCAAAAUAUAAGUAAUUCUAAUAAUGAUAUAACUGCAAUACCUACUCCAAACCAUGGUUCAACUAAUGAAGUUGAAGAUUAUGAAGAAGAUAAUAAUACUACAAUAACUAUACAUGAUGGAAGAAUACCAAAUGAUUCAACUAUCAAUGACGAUUUAGAUCUGAAUAAACCACAAACUUAUCCUAUAACUCCACCAACAACUCAAGAUAUAACUGAAAAUUCAUUAUUACUACCACAAAAUCAUCCAUUACAAGAAGAUGAACGUGAUGAUGAUAAUAUGAGUAAAAUUAUAAAAUUAGCUAGACGACCAAGUUUUAUAUGGAUCUGUUGUUUAGGUAUUUUGGGUCUAAUAAUAUUUCAAUUAACUUUUUUACCAAGAACUUCAUUAGCAAGAGAUUAUAGAAGAUGGCAUGGAAUUCAUUUAACAAAAUCAGAUGUUAAAAGAAAUUGGUUACAAAUGACUGGAAUUGGUAAAAGUCAUAUGGAUUUAACAACUGAAGAAUAUAUUGACAACUGGCUUUUAAAUUUUACCACGUUAAAUCAAAAAUCUAAGACCAAUUUAAUAUCUGAUAAUAAUCCAAAAUUGACUCACUUUGUUGAAUCAAACUUUAAAAAUUUUGGUUUCAAAACUGAAAAAUUUAAUUAUGAGUUUGAAAUAAAUGAACCUGACGGUGCUAUUAUUAGAUUAGUUGAUUCAAAAGAAGCUGUUGUUUAUGAGGUUGAUGUAUUGGAACCUAAAUUCAAAACUCCUGCAUUUUACAGUUUUGGGAGUAACUCAAAUGUAACUGGUCAAUAUGUCUAUGUCAACUCAGGUACUAAAAAUGAUUAUAAUUCACUAGUUAAAAAUAACAUUAACCUAAAAGACAAGAUAUUCAUAUUAAAAAAUAAUAAUGAGGAAAAUAUCACAAUUGGAGAGAAAAUCUCGCUAGCUGAACACUAUGGAGCAAUUGGAGUAUUGACAAUAUAUGAAGUUAAUAAAAUUGGUAAUAGUGAUGAUUCAAAUAUAGAUAGAGCAAUAUCAAGAGGUUGUAAUUCAUUGAAAUCAAAAAUCCCAGUUAUUCCAAUAAGCAAAAAACUACUAACUCCAAUAUUAGACACCAAGGUAUCAACCACUAAGAAAUUCGAAAAUUGGGAUCAUUCACCUUUCAUAAAUUCGAAAUUCAAACUACAAAUCUAUAGUAAAUUUAAUUCAAAAUCCACGAAACAAUUGACAAAUAUAGUUGGGACAAUAAAAGGAAUAAUGAAUGAUGCAGAUAUAAUAAUUGGAGCAAGAAGAGAUUCAUUUACAUCAAAUAAUCCAUUGUCUGGUCAUGCAAUACUAUUGGAAAUCAUGAGAAAUUAUCAAAGAUUAGUCAAGCAAGGUUGGAAACCUUUAAGAAAUAUGAAAUUUGUUUCAUGGGAUGGUUCAUAUUUGGAUUUACUUGGUGUUAAAUCGUUUACUAAUGAUACGUAUGUUUUCAAUCCAAAGAGAUCAAUUGUUUCAUACAUUAAUAUAGAUGGUGAUGCAGUUACUGGUAGUAAAUUUAAUGUUGAUUCAAAUCCUGUUUUCAAUCACAUUUUAAGAAAAACAUCAAGAUUAAUACCUAUCCCUAAAAAAUCAACUGCUCUUAAAACUUUGAGUGCUGAAAUAAGUGAAGAAAAUUUCAGUGAUUCAGAUAUUAUGAAAAACGACGAAGAUAAUGAAGAAGAUGAAGGAAAAUAUUACACCACGUUACAUAAGUAUUGGCAAAAGCAAGACAAUACAUCAAUAAAUAAUAAUUUAGGAUAUUCCAUAAUCAACUCAGAAUCAAAAAUAUUUCAACAACAUUUAUCAACUCCGGUAAUCAAUUUAAAAUUUAUAAACGAUGAGAAAAAAGAUAGUGCAAAAUAUAUACCCAACUCAAAUUAUUAUUCAAGAGAAUGGUUAGUUAAGCAAGAAAUUGAUGAUGAUUUAUUAUUACAUGGUUCGUUGAUUAGAUUUAUUGGAUUAUUAGGUAUAAGUUUAAGUGAACAUGAAGUUGUUGAUUAUAAAACUCACACAUAUUUUGAAGAAAUCGAGGAAUUUUAUCAUACUUUAUUACAUUUGGAAAAGUCUAAAUUAAAUCAAUGGAAUAACUCAUUAGUUUCAAAUUAUCUUAUAUAUAAAUACUCCAUUUUUCAAGAUUUAGAUACAAAUGAUCCAGUUCAUUUCCAUCAAAUUGUAAAUCAAUUUACGUCAUUUUUAAACGAAACUGUUUAUCAAUCCAAGAUCUUUGAUGAAUGGAAUGAAGUAGUAGAAGAUGGGUUAAUUCAAGAUUAUCCGUGGUAUAGAUAUUACAAGAAAUUACAACAUUUUGCACAAUUUAAAGUUUCAAAUUAUAAACUAUCACAUUUGGAAAAAGAUUUAAAAUUAAAUGAUCAAGAUUAUACUUACUUAGAAAGUAAAGAGAUAUCACAAAUGAAAGAAGAACAACCUCAAAAUAAAAAGGAACUUUUAAAUAAAAAACUAAAUGGUAUACUUGAUGGUCCAACCACAACAAAAUAUUAUUAUGAUUCUGUAAUCUACGGAAACCCAAAAUUUAAUGUGAAAAACAAUCAAUCAUGGUAUGAUGAAAGAAGAGUAAAGUCAACUUUUACUUAUUUAUAUGAAGCAAUUGACUCGGAAGAUUACGAGCUAACUGUUAAAUGGUUUGUUUUGAUUUAUGAAAAACUAAAGAACAUUCAAUACAAAAUGACUUGA